AUGGCAUUGGGACCACCCAUUCCAGAGUUCAUCAGACAAGAAGGAAUCUUUAUUCAACAAUUAACACCUAUAGGAGGCAGUUUGAUUGGAUCCUUUUUUGUGGGAAUCAUCCCUCUUUUAGUUGUCCUUGUCAUGCUGGGUGUGUUCCGUUUACCAGCUUACUACUCAGCUCUUUCUGGAUUAAUUGUAUGUAUCUUCAUAGCCAUAUUCGGUUGGCAAAUGCCUGCUCUACUAGCAUUCGAAGCAAUUGGAAAUGGCAUAGUCUACGCCAAUUGGCCUAUCAUGUGGAUUGUCUUCAAUGCAAUGUUUAUCUACAACAUUACGGUCCAUUCCGGCAUUUUUCAUCUAUUUCGACGCUGGAUGAUUUCAAGUACGCCACCUGAUCUGAGAGUGAUUUUGCUGAUCAUUGGUUUUUGUUUUGGUGCUUUGUUGGAAGGAGUUGCUGGGUUUGGCGUACCUGGAGCUAUCUGUUCCUCAAUGAUGGUAUCAUUAGGAUUCAAACCAGAAGAUGCACUGGUUUUUACACUUAUUUUUGAUACAACGCCAGUUGCCUUUGGUGCGUUAGGUAUCCCUGUAACAACAUUGGCUUCCCUUACUGGCCUUCCUGUUCUGUCGCUGUCUGCCAUGAUGGGGAGACAAUUACCGUUUGUUAGUGUCUUUUUGCCUAUUUAUGCUCUCUUGUUUUACGCAGGUCCCCGCGCAGGCUUGAUUGAAUGCUGGCCUAUUGCAGUCGUCGCGGGUAUCUCUUUUGCUCUUGUUCAAAGUGUGUUUGCCAAUUUUGUAGGACCAGAACUUCCAGAUUUGAUGGCAGGUCUAGCAUCGCUAAUAGCUGUGGUUUCGUUUGUUCAAUAUUGGAAGCCACCUUAUCGAGCAGAAUAUGAAGCCAAUCUGGAUUUUAUUUUAUCUAGCGAAAUAUCGCUCUCCAUAAAUAAAAAUUGCCUGUCGCCAAAAGGAGAAGAGCAAGGACGCAAGACCUUGCCGAACACAGAAUUAAAACUGACUUGGAAACAGAUUGCAUUAGCUUGGUGUCCAUGGCUGACCAUUGUGUUGGUUGUGAUUGUAUGGUCGUUUGCUCAGGUUUCGCGAAUAGGUCAGAUCUACGUUGAAUGGCCGUAUUUACAUCAGCAGGUUUGGCUGACGCUUUACGGUAAAAAAUAUGACGCAGUAUGGGUAUUUCAACCAUUGGCAACAGGGACAGCUAUUUUAGUAGCAUCAAUUCCUUUUUCAGUCAUUGUUGUGCUAGUAUAUGGACUUAAUAGCCAAAUUUUUUCUUUGGCUCUACGUGAUACUAUUGUACAACUAUAUAAACCUAUACUCACUGUAUCCUUAAUAAUGGCAUUCGCAUAUCUUUUUAAUUAUUCAGGCAUUGUGUAUACUAUUGGAUACCAGCUAGCGUCAGUUGGCCGUGCGUUUCCUUUUCUUUCUGCCUGGCUAGGAUGGGUUGCUUGCUUUUUAUCCGGAAGCGAUACGUCUGCAAAUACCUUGUUUGGAAAUCUACAGGUUGUGGCAGCAAGAGAGAUUGGACUCUCUGCUGUAUUGAUGGCUAGUACAAAUUCGAGUGGAGCUGUUACGUCCAAAAUGAUCUCUCCUCAAAACUUAACAACAGGUGUUUCUACAAUUGGGUUGCAAGGGCAAGAGGGACGUAUCUUACGUCGAACUAUUCUACACUCGAUCUUUAUGUGUUGUAUAAUGGGUACUAUAGCCUGCAUACAGCAAUACGCAGUGCCGGGUAUGAUCCCUUCCGAGUCCUGA